AUGGACCAAGCGGCAAUCCAGAAGACCGUCUGGCAUGAUGAGUUUUGGGAGAACCCCUGGGAGCUGGGGGGCCUGAUAGUGAUUGGUUUAUUCAUCUCCACAGUCCUGUUUUUCUUCAUGUUUGCUGUUGUAUUUGGUUUAAUCCCUCCACUGGAGAAGACAGAAUAUGAAGAGGAUUGAUGUGACUUCCUGGGGGCCAAGAA